AUGUUUCGCCUGUUCGAGCGAAAGGAUGUCAAUCGACAAUGGGAGGUGGUGGAGGACACGCUGAGCGGUGGACGAACGACGUGCUGCGCGUGGAAUCGCCGCGGGACGAUGCUCGCGUGCGGCACCGCGAGUGGAUCGAUCGUGAUUUGGUGCUGGGACGUCCGAGCGGUGACGCGAGAGUUCUCGCGGAGCGAUGAGACGGACGAAGAGGCCGCGGCGACGCUGAGCGUGCAGUGGAGCGGCGACGGACGAAAAAUCGUCGCGGCGAAGAGCGAUGGAAAGGUUGAGGUGUGGGACGUGUUGGAAGAGGACGUGCGAGCGGUGUUGUCGAACGUUGGACUGUGCUCGAGCGUUGGAUUUAGCGCGGCGAGGCCGAAGGGGGAUACGUUGGUGAUCAGUCCGAGCGUGCAGCGGGCGCCGUACGUGCGCGGGACGAGUCUCAGGGGGCAAAAGGAGAUGGAGAUGCCGUCACCGCACGAUGCACCCAUCCCAGGGUUUGCGGUGUGCAGUAAAAACGGAAAAUAUAUCUUCGUCGGAGACGCGAAGGGUGUGGUGUCGGUGGUUGACGCGGAGGCGACGCGGUUGGUUCGCUCGUUUGACGUCCCGAACGCGACCAUGGUGAAGCGGUUGGAGCUAUGUCGAAACGGUAAACACUUGCUCGCGGUGACGAAUGCGCAGACGCUGUAUGGAUUCGACGUGGACGACGCGGCGACGGAGGCGAGCGAGGUGUUGAGACCGGCGCGUGAGUACGCGAGUCCGUGGGCGAGUCGUCUACAGUGGGGCGCGGCGGCGUAUCCUUGGAACGGUGAGUUCGUGUACGGCGUCAGCAGCGGCGCAGCGCACGAAAUACACGUCUGGGAUCGCGCGUCCGGAGAGCUGAAGUGCGUGCUCGAGGGCCCGGCCGAGGCGAAGGGCGUGACGCAACUCGCAGCGCACCCCAUUCGCGACUGUGCCAUAGCGCUCGGUUCAAACGGUUACAUGUACGUGUGGUCGAGGAAACACGUCGAAGAUUGGAGCGCGUUCGACCCGUCGUUUGUCACCUUAGUCGAUAACAACGAAUAUGUAGAGGCGGAGGACGAAUUCGACGCCAAGCCUCCAGGCGAGAAGCAGACGCGACGAGGACAGAUUCCCGUGGAGCGACUGGACCCCGACGAUGCACCAGAUUUGUUCACCGGAAGCCCGAAUGAUUUCUACACCGAUAACUCGGACGAUGAUGUCUUACACGCAUUACCGAUUCGCAUCAAACCGGAUCCGGCGGCGGAAAAGUUUGCCGCCGAGCGGCGCGCAAAGUGGGAUCGCAAGGCGAAGAGGAGAGAGGAACGCAAGCGAGCGGAGGAAGAGGCGAGUAAGAAGGUAAAGGAGAGCGAGAACAAAGACGUUGCCGAGAAAACGAUGGAAACGAAAGCUGGGUAG